GAAGGGCCAACAGGAAGUGAUGUGUGGCGGGGGUAAAUAAAAGGCGGGAAUAGGAGUAGGUUUCUUUGCGCUGCCAUUUUUUUAAACAGGGCGGGUUUGGAAACCCGGGAAAUACUCCAAGUGAUUUAUUACUUCAGUAAUUAUCCGUAUCGUUCAGUCUGUUCUGCAGGAUCAAAUCCUUUGUACGUAGGCAGGAAGCAAAGCCCGAGACCCGAAUUUGCAAUGGCGGAUCAGGAACCGAGCGCCUCCACAUCCAGUGUGGCAGGCAGUGCCGAGGGUGCUGAUGUCAGUGUUGAAGCCACAAAGUUACUUGGAACUGGCAAAAGACACAUGGUGAUGGAAGACUUUGUAGCAGCAGUCAAUACCUUUCAAGAUGCAUGCAGGCUAUUGAGUGAAAGACAUGGAGAAAUGGCUGAUGAAUGUGGAGAAGCCUAUUUCUGCUAUGGAAAAGCCCUUCUGGAGUUAGCAAGAAUGGAGCGUGGCGUUCUUGGUAAUGCUCUUCAAGGAGUUCCUGAAGAUGACGAUGAAGAAACAGCAGCAGCAGAUGAGGACUCCAAAGUAGAAAAUGCAGAGAAUGUAGAUGAAAAAGAGAGGGAGGAAUUGAGGGAGCAGGUGUAUGCAGCACUAGCUGAAGAAAAGAAUAAGCCAGCAGAAGAUGAAGCACCAACUGCAAAUGUUUCUGCUGAUCAGGAUGUAGUUCACAAAGAAACAGAAGGCCAUACUGAUCAUCCUGGUGAAGAGAUGACAAGCUUUGCAGGAGAGCUCUCUACCACCAAGAGUGAAGUACUGCCUAAAAUAGAAGCAUCCAUUGACAAGGAUGAUGUCCUAAAUGAACAAAUGGUUAAAACAGCAGAUUUCUCUCCAGGCAAUGGUGGUGGUAUUCCGGAAGGGAAAACAAAGGACCAAGUGAGCAUUCCAGAAGAUGUUAAGGACAGUGCUGGCGAGGAGAUGGCUGCAAAAGAUUUCCCUAUGAUGGAGGAUGCUGGGAUGAAGGUGACUGCUGAUGAGACAAUGGAAGUAGUUGAAGUAAAACUGGAAGAUAAGCUAACCCUCCUUCCACAGGAUUCUCUAGUGGAUAGAGAUGUGAAAUCAAAUGCUGAAGAGGCAGCAGCUCGAGAAAAGCUGAGAGUUGGUGAAAGUGAAGAAAAUGAGACAAAAUCAAUUGAAAGUGAAAUCCCAGGUCAGAAGACGGAGGAUGGGACAACUGGUUCUUCAGAACCAAUGGAAGAGGGUGCAGAUGCCUCUGGUGCUGCUGAUGCAAGUGGUGAUGACGAUGAAAAUGAAGAGACUGGUGAAGGAAAGGAUGCUGAAAGUGAAGAGGUUGAUAAUUUGCAGCUGGCCUGGGAAAUGCUUGAAUUGGCAAAAGUGAUCUUCAAAAGGCAGGAAAGCAAAGAAAUACAACUCUGUGCAGCACAGGCUUAUCUGAAACUGGGAGAAGUUGGAAUAGAAUCUGAGAAUUACAUUCAGGCUAUUGAAGAUUUCCACGAAUGUCUGACCAUUCAGGAAAAACACCUCGAGGCACAUAACCGACUAUUGGCAGAGACCCAUUAUCAGUUGGGGCUGGCUUACAGUUUGAAUAAUCAAUAUGAUUUCUCACUAAAACAUUUCAAGGAAUCCUUUAAUGUCAUCGAGAAAAGGUUAGCCAUGUUAACAGAGAGAAUUGAGAAAGCAGAAGAGAAAGGCAAAUCUCCAGCAAAAGACACUGAUGCUGUUUCUGAAGAUAAGCGGGAGGUUGAGGAACUUAAAGAGCUGUUGCCAGAGAUAAAAGCAAAAAUUGAAGAUUCAGAAGAAUCCAAGGAUGAUGGAAGUGCAAAUAAAGCCCUUCAGGAAACAUUGUCCAGACCACCUGCCUUUUCAGGGUUUGAAACCCACAGUCUUGCAAGCAGUGCACCAACAUUAGCUGUACAGACUGGAAAAGUAAUGGGUGAAGCUUCUACCUCCAGCUCAAACUGUGUAUCUAACAUCAGUCAUUUAGUAAGGAAAAAAUCUUCAUUGCAGAGGAAACCUGAAGAUGGUGAGAGGGAUAAUAAAGAGCCUAAAAAAGCCAAGCAGGAGGAGUCUGCUGUGAAUGGUGGAUGUGGAGAUACUGCUCAUGAUAGGAAUGGAGUUCCUGAGAAAAUGGAAUCUGAAGAAUCUGUUUCCUCGAAGAAGUCUGAACCAGAAGCUCAGAGCUAGUUAACAGACAUUCAGAUGGCCGGCAACAUUUUUGCCCACACCGGAUCUUUUUGUACAUAAUGUAUUUUUGAUUGGCUUUUUUGAACUGUUUUUGUAACACUGUGGAAAUAUUCAAUAAAGAUGUAAUUUGCA